CCAAGGGGUUGGGGGGCAGGGAGCGCCGCGCGCCAGCAGGUGGGCGCGUCCUCUCGCGCGCGUGCGCGCCCCGUGCCUUCUCCCUCACGUUCCCCGCGCGCCGCGUCCUCUUCCCGCCGGGAGCGCGCCCCCUCCCGCUCUCGCGCCGGGACUGUCUCGGCUUCUCAGAGCCGCACGCUCAGUGGAGCUCCCGCCACUGCCGUCGCCUCGGCCCCUCGGUGCCGCGUCCCAGGCCUCCUCCCUUCCUCCGCCACUCCCUUUCCCUUUCCCGCCCUUCUCUCUCACACGGUCCGCGGAGAGAGCCUGGAUACGAAGCAGGCGGACGUGAGAAGGGGGUUGGAAAAAUGGAGGUGCCGCGCCUGGAUCAUGCCCUUAGCAGCCCCACCAGCCCCUGUGAGGAGGUGAUCAAAAACCUCAGCCUGGAGGCCAUUCAGCUGUGCGACCGGGACGCAUCCUUGAAUUGACCUGUUUGAGAAACUUCUACAAAAGAAACAAAUCACAAGACAGUGGCAUAGCAGAGAUGGAAGAACUUCCCGUACCACAUAACAUCAAAAUAAGCAACAUUACGUGUGACUCAUUCAAGAUUUCAUGGGAAAUGGAUUCAAAAUCAAAAGACCGUAUUACACACUAUUUCAUUGACCUCAAUAAGAAAGAGAACAAGAACUCCAAUAAAUUUAAACACAAGGAUGUUCCAACAAAACUGGUGGCAAAAGCUGUUCCCUUGCCGAUGACUGUCCGUGGACACUGGUUUUUGAGCCCAAGAACUGAGUAUACAGUAGCAGUGCAGACCGCCUCAAAACAAGUUGAUGGUGAUUAUGUUGUGUCUGAAUGGAGUGAAAUUAUAGAAUUCUGCACAGCAGACUAUUCAAAAGUUCAUCUAACACAACUGUUGGAGAAGGCCGAAGUGAUUGCAGGACGGAUGCUUAAAUUUUCUGUUUUUUAUCGUAACCAGCACAAAGAAUAUUUUGACUAUAUUCGAGAACAUCAUGGGAAUGCUAUGCAGCCCUCUGUCAAGGAUAACAGUGGUAGCCAUGGCUCUCCUAUCAGUGGAAAAUUAGAAGGCAUCUUCUUCAGCUGCAGCACUGAAUUCAAUACUGGGAAGCCACCCCAGGAUUCACCUUAUGGAAGAUACAGGUUUGAGAUUACAGCAGAAAAACUUUUUAACCCCAAUACUAACUUAUACUUUGGGGACUUCUACUGUAUGUACACUGCUUAUCAUUAUGUGAUUCUUGUCAUUGCCCCUGUGGGAUCACCAGGAGAUGAAUUUUGUAAGCAGCGCCUUCCUCAACUAAAUUCCAAGGAUAAUAAAUUUUUGACCUGCAGAGAAGAAGAUGGGAUGCUGGUUUACCACCAUGCCCAGGAUGUCAUUUUAGAAGUCAUUUACACUGACCCUGUGGAUCUUUCUCUAGGCACUGUGGCAGAAAUCACUGGUCAUCAGCUUAUGAGUUUAUCUACUGCAAAUGCAAAGAAAGAUCCCAGCUGCAAAACCUGUAAUAUUAGUGUUGGACGUUAAUGCCCACUUUUCUUAGUCCCCUUUCUUCCCUUAGGAGCACUGAUCCUCUGUUGUCCAUUUUCAUCACCAGAUGUCUUCCACUGAAGCAUGCACAUGCCGCUCUCACCAAAAGCAAACUGCCACUUAUCAAAUUUCAUUCAGAGCUGUUUUAGUGUUUCCUAUUCCCUACCCUUCCCCCUCCUUUCAAUGCCGAAAUAUCCUAAGUUGUC